AUGGUACAGAGGUUUUUCGAAUUGGAUCAGGUCUCCACAACAAGACAACUCAACGCAGAGGAAAGAUGCUGUGAAGACCACUUUCAACAAACUCAUAUCCGUCAGCCGAAUGGGAAAUAUUUGGUUCGUUUGCCUUUAAAAACGUUGUUUGACCCCACACCGGUGAUCGGCCGGUCAAGGCAAAUCGCAUUAAACCGUUUCCACGCCCUGGAAAGGAAACUUAAUCAUCGGCCAGAUUUCAGUCAACAGUAUGUCAGCACUAUUCAAGAGUACUUCGAUCUCAAGCAGAUAAAAGAGGUAAAAGGUAGUGAGGAAGAACACACUAGGAUCAACGCUCAAAGGCAACUCUCAAUCUCUGCGUGCACCGUUCCACAUCAUGCUGUGAUCAAAGACGACAUUUUAACUACAAAGAUGCGAGUCGUAUACGACGCUUCGUGCAAAACGUCUAACGGGAGGUCUUUGAAUGAUAUUUUAUGCACGGGUCCCGCCUUACAAAACGAUCUUGGAGGAGUUAUACUCAACUGGCGUUUCCAUCGGUAUGUCUUCGUGGCCGAUAUAACGAAAAUGUAUCGCUGCAUAGAUAUACAUGAAGAAGAUGCCCAGUAUCCGCGAAUUUUCUGGCGCGAUGAAAAGGGACUCAUCAAGGAAUAUUUUUUGACUACAGUAACGUUUGGCACUGCCUCGGCACCCUUCACGGCGAUUCGAGUCAUACAUCAGAUUGCGUCCGACGAGCGUGAACGCUAUCCUCUGGCCGAGCAAGGAAAAAGGAAAUCUAUGUGGACGAUGUUCAAACCGGACACGAGACCAUCGACGGAGCUCUAA